UCAGGCGCCACGGCGCAUGCUCCGGAAUCUCAUCCUCCGGCCCCGGAGCUGCUGCUGUUGCUGCUGCUGCUGCUGCUUUUGCUUUUGGGGCUGAGUUUGCUCAGCGAGCGAGCGGUCGCGGGAGGCAGAGAAUGUCCGCCAUCCGCCCUCCGCGGCCGGGCGCGCUCUCAUGCAUAGCAGCCUCUUCAUGAAUUACAGCUGAGGGGGCGGGGAGGGGGGUACGCGCAGCACCCCGGCAAGCCUCCGGGCCCCCAGGCAUGGCUAGCUCGUGUGCCGUGCAGGUGAAGCUGGAGCUGGGGCACCGCGCCCAGGUGAGGAAAAAACCCACCGUGGAGGGCUUCACCCACGACUGGAUGGUCUUCGUGCGCGGCCCGGAGCACAGUAACAUACAGCACUUUGUGGAGAAAGUCGUCUUCCACUUGCACGAAAGCUUUCCUAGGCCAAAAAGAGUGUGCAAAGAUCCACCUUACAAAGUAGAAGAAUCUGGGUAUGCUGGUUUCAUUUUGCCAAUUGAGGUUUAUUUUAAAAACAAGGAAGAACCUAAGAAAGUCCGCUUUGAUUAUGACUUAUUCCUGCAUCUUGAAGGCCAUCCACCAGUGAAUCACCUCCGUUGUGAAAAGUUAACUUUCAACAACCCCACAGAGGAGUUUAGAAAAAAGUUGCUGAAGGCAGGAGGGGACCCUAACAGGAGCACGCACACCAGCAGCAGCAGCAGCAGCAGCAGCUGCAGUAGCAGCAGCAGCAGCAGCAGCAGCAGCAGCUGUAGCAGCAGCAGCAGUAGCAGCAGCAGCAGCAGCAGCAGCAGUUUUUCAAAGCCUCACAAAGUCAUGAAGGAGCACAAGGAAAAGCCUUCCAAGGACUCCAGAGAACAUAAAAGUGCCUUCAAAGAACCUUCCAGGGACCACAACAAAUCUUCCAAAGAAUCCUCUAAGAAACCCAAAGAAAACAAACCGCUGAAAGAGGAAAAACUAGUUCCUAAGAUGGCCUUCAAGGAGCCGAAGCCCAUGUCGAAGGAGCCCAGAACCGAGGGAGGCGCGCCGGCUGGCAGUGUGGCAGAAAAGAAGGCACCCGGCAAGAGGCCACCCGGCCCCGACCCUGAGGAGCCGGCAGCCAAGCGGCGGCGAAAGGGUGGCCCCGAUGCCCUGUUCAAGAGCUUCUCAGGCGCGCCGCCGCUCGUCCUCACGUGCUCUGCUGACAGGAAGCAGCUGCGAGACAAGCCUCACGUCAAGGUCGGGAAGGUCAAAGUGGAAGGCGAGGCAUCGGAGAGGAAGAAACCGGCCCUGCCACCAUUUGACGAUAUCGUGGAUCCCAAUGAUUCCGACGCGGAGGAGAACAUGUCCUCCAAGUCCGAUUCUGAACAACCCAGUCCUGCCAGUUCCAGCUCCAGCUCCAGCUCCAGCUUCACACCGUCCCAGACCAGGCAACAAGGUCCUUUAAGGUCUAUAAUGAAAGAUCUGCAUUCUGAUGACAACGAGGAGGAAUCAGACGAGGCAGAGGACAAUGACAAUGACUCCGAAAUGGAGAGACCUGUAAAUAGAGGCGGCAGCCGAAGUCGCAGAGUUAGCUUGAGUGACGGCAGCGAUAGCGAGAGCAGUUCUGCUUCUUCACCCCUACAUCACGAGCCCCCACCACCCUUACUAAAAACCAACAAUAACCAGAUUCUUGAAGUGAAAAGUCCAAUAAAGCAAAGCAAAGCAGAUAAGCAAAUAAAGAAUGGUGAAUGUGACAAGGCCUAUCUAGAUGAACUGGUAGAGCUUCACAGAAGGUUAAUGACGCUGAGGGAAAGACACAUUCUGCAGCAGAUUGUGAACCUUAUAGAAGAAACUGGACACUUUCAUAUCACAAACACAACAUUUGAUUUUGACCUUUGCUCGCUGGACAAAACCACAGUCCGUAAACUACAGAGUUACCUGGAAACAUCUGGAACAUCCUGAGGAUACAACAACUGGAUGCAUCAGAAACUAUUGUUUUUUUUUUUUUUGGUUGUAAUUUUUUGUUUGUUUGUUUAUAAGAAAACACUCAGAAUGAUGCAACCAAAAGGGAAAAAAUAAAAAUCAAACAACCUUCAGCUUUAUUUUUCUUUAAAGCCAGUCAUCAUCUCUUGAUAAAGGAGAGGUUAAGCAAACCAGCCUCAGCGGACCACUCUUCUCUCCAAGGAAAUCCCCGGGAAGAGUUAGCCUGGAUAGCCUUGAAAACAAACACAUCAAACACAACACAAGAAAACAAAGAAUGUGUAUGGUAUCACGUAUCUCUCUCUGUGGUGGUUCAUUCCACAGGACAAAUGCAUAUUCAACACACUGCCUUAUUACAUAACUGAUCUAUUUAUUAUCGCAUACAGAUAUUCUAAAGUCGUUGAGGGAAUGACACCACAAGACAUUCUAAGUACUUGGUCCCACGGAUGCUCUUUCAAUGCAGCGCCCUUGCCGUCCCAAGCCCAGUGACCUUACUUGUAUACCGUGCCACUCUCCGCCAACUUCUUCCAAGCCCUCUAACUUGUUGCAGUCUGUAUUUUCCACCUUUUGUUUUUCCAGUUCCAGGACACAGAUGAUCAACUGGGGGGACCAAAUAGCUACACCAGUUUUCUUAUUUGUGGUCUUUUUCCUGAAAGUUGGGGCCCAGACCUUGGCUGUAUCCAUAUAAUGAUCUUGAACCAUGGUAGAAAAUGCACCAAAUAGGAUCAUAUGAGUUGCUGUCUAGCCUUAGUCGAUAAACCUGUAGGACUUUUAAACGAAAGUGUACCUGUAAAUGUCCUGCAGCCAGCAUUGUUGAGCUGUCAUCAACAUUCUUGUGUCUGUUUUACUGUUAAAAUAUUAGAUAAAUAUGCAAGUAAAGGCAUUCCACAGGAUCAUCAUUUUUAAAAAGGAAUUCUGGUUCUGUUUUCUAAAGAAAUGUUGUAGAAAUUCUGAUUUGGAUCUAUUUAUUAGUAAGAUUUCAGCUUUCUCCAUCUGUCAGUGUGUUAUCCAUCUUUACCAUAAAACCUGGAGUAAGAGAUUUUUGUUUGUUCAUGUAUGAUCCUCUUAGACUCUUUUAUAUUUGGAAAAUUAAAAUCUUUGGGGGAAAAUUCCUGGUUAUUCUGCCAUGACAGAUUAUGUAUUAACUUGUAGAUUCAGUGGUUCGAUACCUGUUUAGUCACUUGCUUAUGUUUCCAGAAGGAUUUCUUGUAUUGGUGAAAAUAAAGAUGGUUGGGGAGGGGGGAUAUUUUUGUUCUUGAUGUACCCUGUUUUGAAACUAGAAAUCUGUCCUGUGGCAUGCAAAAGAAAGCAAAUUAUUUUUAAAAGAAAAAAAAAAACCAAAGUACUUUUGGUGUCAUUAUUCCAUCCUCUCCAUACAUGGAGAAAUGCAAAAGAGAACA